AUGGUUGGAUUGGACAAUGCUGGAAAGACGACGAUAUUAUAUCAGUUUUUGAUGAACGAAGUUGUUCACACGAGUCCGACGAUAGGUUCAAACGUCGAAGAAUUCGUAUGGAGAAACAUACAUUUCAUAAUGUGGGAUCUCGGAGGACAGCAAAGUCUUAGAGCAGCUUGGAGUACUUACUACACCAACACGGAAUUUGUGAUAGUCGUGAUAGAUUCGACGGAUAAGGAAAGGUUGUUCAUGGCAAAAGAAGAACUUUGGAGAAUGUUGGCACACGAAGACCUCGCGAAAGCCGCCGUUUUGAUAUACGCCAACAAACAAGAUGUCAAAGGUUCGCUUUCCGCGGCGGAAAUAUCCAAACAGUUAGAUUUAACAUCGAUAAAAGAACAUCAGUGGACGAUACAGGGGUGUUGCGCGCUCACAGGAGAAGGGUAUGUGUCGUACCACCCCCUCGAAGACAGUAGGAGGUACCACCUACCGAAAAAGUGUGGUUUUCCCAUUCCGGAAAGUUUGCUUGAUCGUUUUUGA